UUUACUCUCCUUUUACAUUCCUGGAUUAAUAAAAUAAAAUAAAUAAUAAUCAUAAUAUUUUAAAAGUCCUACAUUGAAAAUUCGUUCGUGUAAAAUAAAUAUAUAAAUAAAUAAAACAAACUGUCGUUGAUUUUUACGCCACAGCACCAGAAUAAAGCCAUCAUGUCAAACCUGGAGGACGCGCGGGGAGAGUGUGAGAGGAGAUGAACUAUUUUCUCGGAUGAUAUAAAAGCAGCAGCUCUUUCGCCUGAGUUAUGGCCCGGACCCGGCGUCGCUGAGAGGGACGCACGCUGCUCCUUCUCUCCCGCCCCAGAGGAGGAGGCUGAUCGUCACAGCUGAUAUAUGAGCCAGCAUCUCUACAUUACCUUUUUUUUUUUUCACUACAAAACAAAGGAUCAUCCACGCGCUUUGGGUUCGAGGACGAAGAAAAAAAACAUCCUUCUCUGACUAUGACUAUGGCUUUUAUUUGGUGACAACCUCCGGAUAAUCCAAAACACAUUUUUAAAUCAAGGACCAGAAGCACCUGCUGCUGCUGAGCUGAAACUGAAAGUUUUUUUCCGCGUAAAAACGCUUAAGUAGGCUACGGAUUGUGAUUUCUCUCUCCCUCAUCUCCCCUCUUUUUCUCCCUCUCCCUCUCUCUCUCUCCCCUUUUCCCUGCCUCCCCUCAUUUACCCCAUAUACCUAUUCUGGUGUCUCACCACACGACUAAAUUAGACCAAAGAUGAUAAGAGCACAAAGCAUUAUAAUUCCGCCGGGCUCCUCCUCCUUCCAGCCAUGCGUCCUAAUUAAUGGGACACCCCCAGUCGCAAAAAGCCCUGCACUGGACUGCAACAUAGUCAAAGAGUGAAAGGAAGAGGGCGAAAGUGCCACUGGAGAUAAUUGAUUACCUACCAAUCGACGGUAACUUGUUAGUAAUCGUCAACUGUGUGGACUUCGCCAUUUUCAGGGAGGCAUCUCACUCCUGCGGACUUGCUGCUCCCGAGGAGACACACUUUUGGAAUAAGAGUUUCUUUUUCUUCGUCCUCUGUCUGCACCUUUGUUUCCUCUUUUUUUUCCUCCCCCCUUUCCUCCUCUAACCUCCCAACUGUUAUGUGACUUCACCCCUUUUUUUUUACCCCCCAACCGCUGAUCAUUUCAACGAAGUCCCGCAUAAACUCUGCGCACAAGCCUAAUGAUGACAUCCAAAGAGGUGGCCAAAUGUGAUGCAGUGGAAAACAGGAGGCGAAGUCCACUGGACCACUUGCCGCCUCCUGCCAACUCCAACAAGCCGCUGACCCCCUUCAGCAUCGAGGACAUCCUCAACAAGCCGUCCGUGAAGCGGAGCUACACGAUCUGCGGCACGGCUCACCUCAUCUCGUCCUCGGAGAAGCACCGUCCGUCCAGCAUCCCUCUGUCCAGCCGCGCUCUACUCAACCAGACGUCGCCGCUGUGCGCGCUGGAGGAACUCGCCAGCAAGACCUUCAAGGGGCUGGAAGUCAGCGUUUUACAGGCUGCGGAAGGCCGGGACGGGAUGACUCUGUUCGGACAGAGAACCACCCCGAAGAAGCGUCGGAAGUCUCGGACGGCGUUCACCAAUCACCAAAUUUACGAGCUGGAGAAGCGCUUCCUGUACCAGAAAUAUCUGUCCCCCGCAGACCGGGACCAGAUCGCGCAGCAGCUCGGCCUGACGAACGCUCAGGUCAUCACGUGGUUUCAGAACCGUAGGGCCAAGCUAAAACGGGACCUGGAGGAGAUGAAGGCCGACGUGGAAUCGGCCAAGGCCCUGGGCCAGGUCCCAUUGGACAAGCUCGCCAAGCUGGCGGACCUGGAGAAAUGCGCCAACGGCACGCUGGGCCACCCGCGCGCCGAGUCCCCCGCGCGGGUCGGCCAGCAGGAGCACGAGCUCUCCCAGAAACUGCGGACGUCGCCGCUGUCUCCAUUCUCGGACCACACAACGAGUAAAGAGUGCUCGGAGGACGAGGACGUGGAGAUUGACGUGGAUGACUGAUGGCGCAGCGUGGGGCUGAGAAGUGGAGAAACACAAAAGACGAUUAUAAAAAAAAAUAACAAAACAAACAAACAAAAAAAUCCCCACAGAGGACUUGUAACUUACUGCUUAUAUUGUAUACCAUAUCUCAGAACAUGUACCAAAAUGUAAUGACUUUUAUAUCCGCGCACAGAUAGAAAACUAUUCAUAUAGUGAAGCAUGAACACAGAACAAAGAAAUAUGCAGUGGUAUUUUACAGUGUAUUCACAGCAAACUCUUACUCCAUGCAAUCAAAGCAAUAUGGUCCAACAUCACAUGACUAUUGUUAUUAUCAUUAUUAUUAUUAUUAUCAUCAUUAUUAUUAUUUACACUGUACACACACACACACACACACACACCUGUUUCAUUGCUUUUGGGCCUGCUGUCCCCUCUCUCUCACACACACACCCCAUGUGUUUUGUUUUUUUUCUUGUU